AUGUGCACCGUAAAAACCCUCGCUCGCCUACUGUCCCUACUCGUAGUCGCCGUCCAUCACGCCGCGGCGAGCUGUACUCCUCCUAUCCUCUACCCCAAUGCAAGCUCCAUCUGGUACAAGGACUAUCUGCACAACGUGACUUGGGACAUAACAAAGUUGCCUGCUGAUACCGGGAUCCCAAUCAUCAGACUGUACAAGAAUGGUCAAGACACUGCAGAGAUCCUUGCUACCAACUUCGACCUCACGGUUGGUCGCGUGGAGGUCACCGUCCCGUGGGUCAUGAACGGGACAGACUACCAGAUCAGAAUGUUUUUCAACGGAUCGUCACCGGUCGAGGGGACCGCCAACGACACGACCGUCCCUGUCACCACAAGCUCUUCUGGAGAUAUGGACUGUGGCAUGCCCAGCAGUUCCGUUACCGCUACCGGGUCCAUGGCCCCUGAGAACUCCGCGUCAACGGCGACGUCCGGGAGUUCAGCCGCGUCGGUCUCAUCCAUCACGAGCAGCGUCUCGAGCACGUCUUUGGCCACCUCGUCCGCCUCGACUUCUACCAUGCCAGAGGUUCGACGAAGGAUGCAGUCGGACGCUGUUGACUCAACCAUGACAUCCACUUCCACGGACUCCACCACCGACACCGCAGCCGCCCCCGCCACAACAUCGACGUCGUCCAGCACCCUCACGUCCACUCCCGUCACUGAUUCUUCCGCCUCAGCCACAGCAGCGGAUACGGACACUGACUGCGACGGGACCAGCAUGGGGGUUGUCGACACCACGGCUAGUACGUCAACCGACGGCCCUACCAGCAGCACGACCACUGUCGACACAACCAGUAGCGCUACGACUGACACGACGACGACGACGGGCACGGCGACCAGCUCUAGUACUGGCGCUGCUCCCAGUGCAUCGGACAACUCAACGAGGUCCUCUGACGAUUCCGUCACGUGCUUCGAAAGCUCGACCUUCACGAUCCUUGAGCGGCCAAACAUCCAGAAUGCCACAGGAAGCAAUCCGUCGUCAAUGAAUAGCACGUUGACUGACGGCGCGUCUAGCACGCCUCAGCAGGGAAUGCGGAAGCGUUCCCGCGUCUCGAAGGAGUAG